AAUAAUUCCUAUAUUGAAAUCUGAUGAAAGUUACUAUGUCUCAAUUGAUGAUGAUUUUGUAAAGGAAAGAAUUAACAAAAUGUCUCUCGUUGGUAUAAAAGAAGGUGUAUGGUAUUUUAAAACAAUAAAAAAACUCCUUGUAAUACCAAAAAAUGUCAUUGAAGGAUAUCUUCGAUUGAUUCCAGAAGGGACUAAUUAUUUUGACAAUCUUAACAAAAUCGAUCGCAAAGAUUUUUACUUGAAUUUAUUACAAGAAUUGAAUGAU